CACAACACUUACCUAACCCAAACUUUUGUUGGCUUUUGGCCUUUGCCACCCGCCACCAAAGUCUCAGUUUAUAAAUAAUAACGCCCCUCCCAACACCAACAACCAUCUCCACCUAGCUUUCAUCGCCCCUCGGCGGACAUUCCUAAACCCACCACCACACCACCAUCACCAUAAAGAACCAAACUUCACACCACCCACCUAAAAAAAAACUCACAAAAAUGGCAGCUUUAGCCGCCACUUCGCAGCGAGCCCUUUUCAACCCUACUUCAGUCUCCAUUCCAUCAAGGAAUUCUCGGUCUUUAGUUGUCCGUAACUCUGUGACUGUUGCACCCUCUUCAGCUACCAAGAUUGCUAAGGAGUUCAAAGUGAAGUCUGUGAAGGCUAGACAGAUCAUUGACAGUAGAGGGAAUCCAACGGUUGAGGUUGAUCUUGUUACUGAUGAGCUUUACCGAUCUGCUGUCCCCAGUGGCGCCUCUACUGGGAUCUAUGAAGCUUUGGAGCUUAGAGAUGGUGAUAAGAGUGUUUAUGGUGGUAAAGGUGUGCUUCAGGCUGUUAGGAAUAUUAAUGAUGUUUUGGGUCCUAAGUUGAUUGGUGUUGAUGUCAGAAACCAAGAUGAUGUGGAUGCUGUCAUGCUGAGCAUUGAUGGAACUCCAAACAAGUCUAAAUUUGGAGCAAAUGCAAUUCUUGGGGUCUCGUUGAGUGUAUGUCGAGCUGGUGCUGGCGCCAAAGGAGUGCCUCUGUACAAGCACAUUCAGGAAUUGUCAGGAACAAAGGAGCUUGUUAUGCCAGUUCCGGCUUUUAACGUGAUUAAUGGAGGCAGUCAUGCUGGUAACAAUUUGGCCAUGCAAGAAUUUAUGAUACUACCAGUGGGUGCAACCUCAUUUGCGGAGGCUCUUCGUAUGGGUAGUGAAGUUUAUCAUACACUUAAGGAAAUUAUCAAGAAGAAGUAUGGACAAGAUGCUUGCAAUGUUGGCGACGAAGGAGGCUUUGCUCCUAAUGUUCAGGAUAAUAGGGAGGGACUAGUUUUGCUCAUGGAUGCAAUUGAAAAAGCCGGCUACACAGGGAAGAUUAAAAUCGGAAUGGAUGUUGCUGCUUCAGAAUUUCUCACGAAGGAUGGCAAAUACGAUCUCAACUUUAAGAAACAGCCUAAUGAUGGGGCUCACGUUCUCUCAGCUCAAAGCCUUGGAGAUCUCUAUAAGGAAUUUGUUAGGGAUUUCCCUAUCGUGUCCAUUGAAGAUCCUUUUGACCAGGACGAUUGGAGCUCCUGGUCUUCACUACAGUCUUCAGUUGAUAUCCAAAUCGUAGGGGAUGACCUGUUGGUCACAAAUCCAAAGAAAAUUGCUGAAGCAAUUAACAAAAAGGCUUGCAAUGGUUUACUUCUCAAGGUUAACCAGAUAGGAACAGUCACCGAGUCCAUUAGAGCAGCACUUGACUCAAAAGCUGCUGGUUGGGGUGUGAUGGUCAGCCAUCGAAGUGGUGAAACUGAGGACAACUUUAUUGCUGACCUUUCUGUUGGCCUAGCGAGCGGACAGAUCAAGACUGGAGCUCCUUGCAGAAGUGAACGGCUGGCCAAGUAUAAUCAGCUUCUGCGUAUUGAAGAGGAGCUAGGAAAUGUGCGUUAUGCAGGUCAAUCCUUCAGAUCCCCUUAGGAGAAAAAGGAACAAAAUUUUACUCUGCGGGUUAGGGUAGUGAAUAAAUAAUCAUCAUGAAACACAAUUACACUGGAGUUUGAAUAUGUAGAGAAAGUUUUGGCGGAACCGGUCAACAAACCAGGUUUUGAUUAAAAAGCGCAAUUGUCUAAUUGAUUAGGCAAUAGAAACCAGGUUUAUUGAUCAUGGAAGAUGCAAGUUUAACUUUGAAUAAGGAAGUUUUACCUGAGUGUACCUGUUAAAUUAUUAGAGAAUAUGGUGGGAGUAAGUCUGUUUUUAGAAAUGUACUAGUUUUUUUAGUUUUUUUAAUGAGAAUCUGUAUCUUCAUCGCCCUUUUAAAGCUUUUUGCAGAUUUUGGAAGUUCUGGUUGAGUAAAAAACAUGAAAAGGUUCAAAUGCUAA